UGUGCUUAAAAACUCGGUUAAUAAAUGAAAGAGUUUAAAAUAUUGUCGCCUCAACACAACUUCCAAUAGGUGAAUUCUGGUGAAGUUCCUCACAGAGAGAAGCCGAUCCCGGAUCAGAACCGAGCCUUCGGAUGACAGGAGCCGUGAGAAGCUCAGCUCAUGCCAUGAUAACGACGAAGUUCACUUUUCGAGGGGAUGGAGGCUCCUCCGGCGGCUUUCCGUCUCUGCUGCUUCCUCGCCGCUGCUCUCGCUUUCCAGGCCCAAGGAGAAAUGUACACGUCGCUCCAAAACGUGAGGCAAGCCAUUGACGUCGAGAGGAAACUGAUCGAUUAUCUGAGAACUUAUAUCGACAGCGAGCAGCAGAGACUGGAGGACAUCAAGCGGUUUCAUACCAAAGUGUCCGACCUCCACACGGAGCUCUACAAAGGCCCCGCAGCUGCAACAGCGAACCCACUGGUGGCCUUCACGCUCGUCAAGCGGCUGCAUUCGGAGUGGCUGAACGUCGUCUACAGCAACGAAGCUCAAGAAGCCGCUCAAACCCUCAGGUCCAGAUACGAGGAAGAGGAGUCUCACUUGCCCAAAGUGGAAGACCUCCGGGGGGCUGCAAAGGGGCUGAUGAGGCUCCAGGAUGUGUACUCCCUCCAAGUCUCGAGCCUGGUAGAGGGCCGCUUCCAGAGGGCCAGCGGUGGAGGUGUGAUUGACGUCUGCUCGCCUGCUGUGUCUGUCUCGCUGUCUGGCGACGACUGCUUCCUGGUUGGGAAGGUGGCCUAUGAGCAGGAAGACUACUACCACUCGGUGCAGUGGUUGGAGGAGUCGGUUCGUCUCUUCAGGGGAGCCGCGGGACAGUGGAGUCCUGAGAACGAAGGGACCUUAGAGGACGCUCUGGAUCACCUGGCUUUCUCCCACUUUAAAACAGGAAAUGUCUCGUAUGCCUUGAGUUUGUCUCACGAGUUACUGCAUCACGAUCCGAUGAAUGGACGGGUGUUGCAGAAUGUUGAGAAAUAUGAGAAGCUGCUGGGUUCUGCAGGUCCGACCGGGGAGAGCAGCUUCAGAAGACCCGGCUCCUCCUUCUUAACCACACGGGACACUUAUGAGAGACUGUGCCUGACUCAGGGCUCCCAGCCGAUGCACUUUGAAAACCCCGGACUGUUCUGUGACCUCUUCACCAGCAACAACAGCCCUGCGCUGCUGCUGCAGCCUGUGAGGCGGGAGAUCCUGAGCCUGCAGCCUCAUGUGGAGCUUUACCACGACUUCCUCACAGACGCCGAGGCGGAUGACAUCAAGAGGCUCGCCCAGCCUGGCUUGAAGAGAUCCGUGGUGGCAGCUGGAGAAAAGCAGGAAACAGCAGAUUAUCGAAUCAGCAAGAGUGCGUGGCUGAAGGCCUCGGGGAGCUCCACCGUUGGGAGGUUGGACCGAAGGAUUUCCAUGGUAACGGGUUUGAACGUGACGCACCCGUAUGGCGAGUUCCUGCAGGUGGUGAAUUAUGGGAUUGGUGGACACUAUGAACCACAUUUUGACCACGCCACAUCACCCUCCAGUCCUGUUUUCAAGCUGAGAACUGGGAACCGCAUGUCGACCUUCAUGAUCUACCUCAGCUCAGUGGAAGCUGGCGGCUCCACGGCCUUCAUAUAUGCCAACUUCAGUGUUCCAGUUGUGGAGAAAGCUGCCAUCUUUUGGUGGAACCUCCACAGAAAUGGUCAGGGAGACGAAGACACCCUGCAUGCUGGCUGCCCGGUGCUCAUCGGUGACAAGUGGGUGGCCAACAAAUGGAUCCACGAGUACGGCCAAGAGUUUGAGCGUCGCUGCAGCCUGAAUCCUGAGGAGUGAGAGGGAGCACAGGCCUUUACUACUGUCAGGCACGUUGGCAGGAAGAGACGAGGCAGCAGCCAGAGAGAGAGAGCAUGUGUGUGGGGGUGUGCGUGUGUGUGUGUGUGUGUGUGUGUGUGUGUGUGUGUGUGUGCACAGACGAGGGAGGGACCGGAGGGGCCAGCCUGCGUCUUUGAUUGGAGCCCAGGGCCCCAGGGAGCCUGGACACUCCUGCCGUGGAUGUGGAGGUGAAGGUGGAGCAAAAUCAGCCCAUGGAGACCAACUGUUUCCACCAGUCACUUCAUGCUAGUGGAGGAGUGUUUACAUUUCUUGCAUUUCGCAGGAAUGCUGGAAGACGCUCGUGCAGGGCACACGAUCCGCGUUGGACGUAAAUUAUCAAAUGAAACGUGUCCUAAAUUUGGUAAUCGUUGACGAUGUAAAGCUCAGACUGCGUAUAACAUCUCAUUCUGUCAUGCCUGACAGAAGAGUGUCGUCACUGUCAUCCCUUCUGACUAAGACCGAUGAAGAUGCGGUCAAGCAAAACAAAUAAACUAUUAAAACAGCCUC